AUGGGCGCUUCACCGGCUCCCUCCAAGAUAGGGCGGUCCGGUAGCGAGUCCCCCGCACCACAGGUCGCCCCGCCCGGAUCCUACUCUCUCUCUAAUGUGAUACCUGGUGUCAAGAUCUUUGUGGCCAAGCCGCUGCCCGGCGGGGGCACGGAGGAGCGCAAGGCCGAGGUGUUAUCGACGCGGCCAAAGCCCGUGUCAGCGUUUGCGCCCAAGCCGGGGCCGAACGACCCAAAGCCAGACCCGCGCGAUGACACCGAGUACUACAUCCACUAUGUCGAGUUCAACAAGCGUCUCGAUGAGUGGGUGGGCGGGUCGCGCCUGAUCACGGACAAGGAAAUGGAGUGGCCGCGGCCAAAGGAAGAGACGAAGAAGGUCAAGGCUGGCAAGACGCCGAGCAAGAGCGGCGGCGCUAGCCCGCGCGGGACCAAGGCGGCUGGGACGCCAAAGAGCCUGCUGAAGAAAGCGGCGACCAAGGCGGCAUCACAGGUCGGCAAGGCGCCGGUCAAGGGACGGAAGAGCAAGGUCGAGGAGACGGGGACGGAUACGGACGACGCCGACGGAGAGGACGACGAUGGCGACGUCAACAUGGAGGACGGCGAAACGGUCGCUGCGUCCGACCCGACCGCUGGACCAGCCGUGUUCAGCAAGAAGCAGGAGAUUGAGAAGCUCCGCACUAGCGGCUCGAUGACGCAGAGCCACAGCGAGAUCUCACGCGUCAAGAACCUCAACAAGCUCCAGAUUGGCAAGAACGAGGUCGAGGCGUGGUACUUUUCUCCCUACCCGGCCGAGUACGCGCACCUGCCCAAGCUCUUCAUCUGCGAGUUCUGCCUCCAGUUCUAUCCGAGCCUCACGCAGCUCACGCGCCACCGCACAAAGUGCACAUUGCAGCACCCGCCCGGCAACGAGAUCUACCGCUCUGGCAACGUUAGCUUCUUUGAGAUCGAUGGGCGGCGGCAACGCACCUGGUGCCGCAACCUAUGCCUCCUGUCCAAGUGUUUCCUCGAUCACAAGACGUUAUACUACGACGUCGACCCAUUCAUGUACUACUGCAUGACGGUCAAGGACGAGUUUGGCGACCACCUCAUCGGCUACUUUUCCAAAGAGAAGGAGAGCGCCGAGGGAUACAAUGUCGCGUGCAUCCUCACGCUCCCGCAACAUCAGCGCAAGGGAUACGGCAAGGUCCUCAUCGAGUUUUCGUACGAACUUUCCAAGGUUGAGGGCAAGCUCGGGUCGCCAGAGAAGCCGCUCUCCGAUUUGGGUCUUCUGUCGUAUCGCGCGUAUUGGCAGGAGAAGAUUGUCGAGCUACUCCUUGAAAGCGAGGACGAAAUCUCGCUCGACGAAAUCGCCCACCGAACCGCCAUCACGCACGGCGAUAUCAUGCACACCUGCCAGGCCCUCCAGAUGAUAAAGUAUUACAAGGGCCAACACAUUAUCCACCUCACCGACGCCGUCCUCGAGCAAUACCAGAAGACCAGGGCCAAGACAAAGUACACUAUCGACCCCGACGCACUCAAGUGGAAGCCGCCCGUGUUCACUCGUUCUCAACUCACUUUUGGUUUUUAG